GCCAGUAGUCAUUCUGCACCCUGCCUCCCUCUUCAUUAUUCAGACUGCUGAUUUAAGUGUGUGCUGCCAGUCGGAUGCAUCAUCUCUACUGCUUACACAUACUGUACUGCGUGUUUAUUGCCUGUGUGUACAGCCAGCUCUUGCUUAAGGAUUUCUUUAAGUGUGUGCUUUUUUGCUUGUGAAUAUUGAGGAGUUCAGGGCAGGGUGUAGAAGGACUGGUAGCUGCAGUACAGUACAAUCUUAUUGUCAGUAUAUACUGUAAAGCUGUCAUCUUCAUUACAUGCUGGGCUAGUGGAUGUUCUCUCCUGUAAGACAUCCAGCAAGGUGUCUGGUCAAAAUUGCAUAACUUUUUUUCCUGAGACAAACUUGUGGAGGUCGACCGCAACAUUAUGAUUAUUCAAGAAAGUGGGUCUUGGCUUUGCACUACGAUGCCUGAAGUAGGUCUCCUGCAGUAAAUAAAAAGGUUAUGCUGUCCCAAAGCCAUCCACUUCGUCUGAGUGAAAAAGAAAAGGGUUAAAGUUUGACUUCAAUUAAUUUGCUGUUUGAAGCUGCACCAGAAGCCGAGCCAUGAGUGACCCAGAGGCUCAGGAUACCUUAGCUUCUGCUACUCGCACUCCUGACCAGGAAGCCUUGUCCCCACGGAGCAUAAGGCCAGCGCAGGAGGAAGAUGAUCUGAACAAGACGCUGGGGGUGGAGCGGUUCGAGGAGAUCCUGCACGAGUCCCACUCUCGCAGCGGCAGCGACGACCUCCGACGCAACUACAACGAAGAGGACUUUGAAUAUCAUCGGCACUCCUCACACCACAUCCACCAUCCUCUGUCCACGCACCUGCUCUCGGAUGGGCGCAAGAAGAAAAACUCCAAGAAGAAGGGCAGUGGGGGGGACAAGAAGAAGCCUAGGGCCUCCUCCCCGGGGGGCAGCGCUCCCACUAUUGAGGAAGGGGAGGAGGAGGGGGAGGAUGAGGAGACAGAGGAGUCCAGCAGCCCCCAGGAGAAAGUCUUCACCACCCCCACCACUUCCCAGGACGUGCAGUUCUUUCUUUCGGAUGAUGAUGCUGUGGACUCGGACUCUGCACCAUUAAAGGGAGGCAGCAAGACGCCGCCCAGGAAGCUGGAGGUUGUGCCAGUUUCUGCCCUCAAUGCAGACGAGAAGACCAGGAAUGCUGCUGACUCAUCCACCACAGAAGAGAAUGAUGCUACAGCAGAAAGAGCGGGAGGCAGCAGCAGCCCCGGAAUAUCUGCGCAUCCCACAGGGAACAGCAGCACUUCCAGUCGCCUCUACUCCAAAUCCCAGCCAGCCCUCCGCAACUACAAUCUGCGAGAGCGCCGACGCAUCGGCAGCAUGACCGCCGUGGAGGACGCCAUGUACCAGAAGAUCCCCACGGACGAGAGUGAGGCUCUGACCCUGGGGACUGCCGACCUCGACGGCAUGAAGAGUCACCGCUUUGAGGAUGUCCCUGGCUUCAGAAGGCACUUGGUCAGGAAGAGCACUAAAGGUCAGGUUAUCCACAUCAGCAAGGACCACAAGGAGCCCACAGCCCGGGCCAAGAAGAAUGACCGCACCCCACACGAGGUGUUUGUGGAGCUGAAUGAGCUAAUUAUGGAUAAGAACCAGGAGAUGCAGUGGCGGGAGACGGCACGCUGGAUCAAGUUUGAGGAGGAUGUGGAGGAGGAGACAGACCGCUGGGGUAAACCCCACGUGGCCUCGCUCAGCUUCCGCAGCCUGCUUGAGCUCCGCAAGACCAUUGCACAAGGUGCGGUCCUGCUGGAUCUGGAUCAGAAGUCCCUCCCUGGUAUUGCUCACCAGGUGGUGGAGCAUAUGAUCAUCUCGGACCAGAUCAAAGCUGAGGACAGAGCCAACGUCCUGAGGGCCCUGCUGUUAAAGCACAGCCACCCGAGCGAUGAGAAGGAGUUCAGCUUCCCCAGGAACAUCUCCACAGCCAGCCUGGGUUCCCUGCUGCCGCACCACCACAGCACCAACCACAUCACGCAGGCCUCCGAGCCCUCUGUCACCGACCCACUCAUGGGGGGCAGCAGCCCCAAGGCCGAGCAUGAUACCCGCAUUAAUAUUGACAAACUGGAGAAGGAUGCUGCUCCAUUGCUUGGGAUACACAAGUCCAAGUCCAAGCAUGAGCUAAAACUGCUGGAGAAGAUCCCGGAAAAUGCGGAAGCCACCGUCGUACUCGUUGGCAGCGUGGAGUUCCUGGAGCAGCCCACCAUGGCGUUCGUCCGGCUGCACGAAGCUGUGGAGCUGGAGUCUGUGCUGGAGGUGCCUGUCCCGGUCCGGUUCCUCUUCGUCCUGCUUGGGCCCAGCAGCACCAACAUAGACUACCACGAGAUUGGUCGCUCCAUUUCCACACUCAUGUCUGACAAACACUUUCACGAAGCAGCGUACCUGGCUGACGACCGGCAGGACCUCCUGAAUGCCAUCAACGAGUUCCUGGACUGCAGCAUCGUGAUUCCACCUUCUGAGGUUGGGGGGGAGGAGCUGCUUAGCUCCUUGGCGCGCUUUCAGAAGGAGAUGCUGAAGAAGAGGGAGGAGCAGGAUAUCAAGCUGCUCACCAAGGAGCCCAAGACCCCUGAGGAUAAAGGGGCCCUGCUGACCAUCCAAGCGGUCAAGGGGGGUGAUGAUGACCCACUGCAGCGGACGGGCCGACCCUUCGGGGGGCUGAUCCGCGACGCACGCAGGAGAUACCCCAAGUACCUGAGUGACUUCAAGGAUGCCCUCAACCCACAGUGCAUGGCUGCCGUCAUCUUCAUCUACUUCGCUGCCCUCUCCCCGGCCAUCACCUUUGGGGGCCUGCUGGGUGAGAAGACGGAGGGUCUGAUGGGUGUGUCAGAGCUCAUCAUCUCCACAGCGCUCCACGGCGUGGUGUUCUGCCUGCUCGGGGCCCAGCCCCUGCUCGUGGUUGGUUUCUCGGGGCCCCUGCUAGUUUUCGAAGAAGCUUUUUAUUCUUUCUGCAAGGCCAAUGAAAUGGAGUACCUGACGGGUCGGGUGUGGAUCGGGUUCUGGCUCAUCCUCAUCGUGCUCAUCAUGGUGGCAUUCGAGGGCAGUUUCCUGGUGCGUUAUGUCUCGCGCUUCACCCAGGAGAUCUUUGCCUUCCUCAUCUCACUCAUCUUCAUCUACGAGACCUUCUCCAAGCUAGUCAAGAUUUUCCAAGAGCACCCCCUGCAACCCUGCUCCCUGGACAACAGGACAUUGAGCAACUGGACAGAGCCUCUGUCGAGCAAUGUGUCCCUGAGGAUGGGGGACACGGCAGGGAAGGAGAUUGUGACGGGGAAGCCCAACACAGCCCUGCUGUCCCUCGUCCUCAUGGCCGGGACCUUCUUCAUCGCUUUCUACCUGCGCAAGUUCAAGAACAGCGCCUUCUUCCCUGGCAGGAUUCGAAGGUUAAUUGGAGACUUUGGGGUGCCCAUCGCCAUUCUCAUCAUGGUGCUGGUGAACUACAGCAUCACUGACACCUAUAUACAGAAAUUGAGUGUGCCCAGUGGGUUCUCAGUGACCAGCCCUCAUUUGCGAGGCUGGGUGAUUAACCCCUUGGGUGACAAAAAGGAAUUCCCCAUAUGGAUGAUGGUGGCCAGCAUCCUCCCAGCCAUCCUGGUCUUCAUCCUCAUCUUCAUGGAGACCCAGAUCACAUCGCUCAUCGUCACUAAGAAGGAGCGGAUGCUGGUGAAGGGAUCAGGGUUCCACCUGGACCUGCUCAUCAUCGUGGUCCUGGGGGGGGUUUGCGCCCUGUUUGGACUUCCCUGGCUGGCCGCAGCCACUGUCCGCUCCGUCACACACGCCAACGCACUGACAGUCAUGAGCAAGGCUGUGGCGCCCGGGGACAAACCCAAGGUCCAGGAGGUCAAAGAGCAGAGAGUGACCGGGCUGCUGGUGGCCGUCUUCGUAGGUUUGUCCAUUGUGAUCGGUGAUCUCCUACGGCAGAUCCCCCUGGCUGUCCUCUUCGGGAUCUUCCUCUACAUGGGGGUGACGUCUCUCAACGGCAUACAGCUGUACGAGCGCAUGAUGCUGCUGCUCAUGCCUCCCAAGUACCAUCCCGACAAGACCUACGUCAGAAAGGUGCGCACUCUACGGAUGCACCUGUUCACGGGGCUGCAGCUGGUGUGCCUGGCAGUGCUGUGGGCAGUCAUGUCCACAGUGGCCUCCUUGGCAUUCCCCUUUGUUCUCAUCAUGACCGUCCCCCUGAAGAUGUUCCUGCUGACCCGCAUCUUCACCGAGCGCGAGAUGAAGUCUUUGGACGGAGACGAAGCAGAACCUACUUCGUUCGAUAAGGAGGGUCAGGAUGAGUAUGACGAGAUGCCCAUGCCUGUGUGAGCCACCUCCACCCACCCACUGGACCUGACAAUCAGCCGCGCCAGCCUACCAGCCACCCAGCCACCCAGCCAAUCAGGGUGCCCGGGCUGCCCAGGAGGGAACCAAUCCUCCUCCUCCACUGUGCAUUAGUAAAUGGUGGAACGCUGUUUGGGGGUCUUUCAGAAAAAACAAAACAAGUUGCUAAAACUACGAGAGGUGCUAAAGCACUUUAUAAUAUGGAUGACACAUGAGCCUGAUGCCACACCUAAAAAAAAAAUACCAAAACCACUUUUUUUUUUAUUUUCCCCACAAAGUAAAUAUUUUGAGUACAAUUCAAUAGGGAUUGCUUAACAGAUUUUCAAAUCACAGGCUUUUUUGUCCCUUGGAGCUAAAAGACAAAGCUAGCUCAGGCUAUGUAAGCUCCACACACACAGUAAAUGAGACGCUCAUUUUCAUUAUACCAUGGGUAGAAACUUAAUGAAAGUAUAAACUGCGAGUGUGAAUCCCAAAAGAGAGCCAUACUUCAGUUUACAUCAUCGUCUCAGCUGCUCUUGCAAUCACUAUGAAAGAAUUCUAUGUGCAAUGUAUUUAUUUUGUGUUGCAUUGUUCACCGCUACCAGCGACCCAUACCUUUCUUUUCUGCCCCUCUAUCCCCCCAAUAUAAAAAUUAGGGGUUCACAUUAAGAUUAUUAUUUUUGACUGGUGGUAGCCACAGAAAUAAGGCUUCAGUGUCUUAAACUGUUGAAAUAUUUAGAAAUUCAGGUAACAAGGGUGAUUAUUUAGGGAUCACAGUUGCACAUCUGUAUUUGAAGAUUAGUCCAGUGCUUGUCCCUUAUUCCCCAACACAAACCCUUAAACAAAAAGCCAGACCAAUCUGAGCGUAACACUCUCCUGUGGUUCCAGCUCAUAGUCACUGUCCCAUUCACACUCACAAACACUCACAAACCUAUGCUUUCGCAAAACAGCUGAACUCAUUCCAGUUUCUCAAGAGACCAAGCUUUUUUUUAUUCUUUUUUUAAUCAUUGCAUCUAAUAAUGCAACAGAGGGUAUAUUUUAAUUAAAGAAGGAGCACCAGCAUGCACCUUUGGAUGAUAGUGCUGCUAAAUGUUUUUUUAAGUUUCCUUGAGUCAGAGUAAGCUCUAGGUUGACGUGCAUUGAAGUGGCUAGAUGGCCAAGCUAUACAAAGGAAAGGGGUUUGUGUUGUGUUCAUCUUUGUUGGUGUCGAUGUGCUGUCAAACCUUACAUGUGUGGAUACUUAAAAGUAUUACACUGCACAAGUGUUUGCCUUCUUUAAAAACAUGUUUUAGAACACAUCGAUCUAUUUUAGAUCAUUUCAUGAAUAAGUAGAAAACAUUAAAUUAUAUAGUUGUUGUAUACCACUGUGGCAUGUAUGUAUGUCACACGCACACAAACACAAACAUACAUACAUGAACUGCAUAAAAUAAAUGUGAUUCAGUUGUGGCCUUAAUAUACACACGCCAAGUAAAUGUUGAACAUGCUUAAAAUUUAUAUAUAUAGAAUUUUGAAUUGGAAGAUAGUGGCUAGAAUGUAGGAAUCUUCUCCCUGUCACUAGGUCAGAGCUUUCUCUUAUACUGUAUGUUUGUCUUUUUUUCAUCCGUUUUAACGUAUAGCAUUUGUGUGUUUAUCAGAAUGAUUAAUAAAUCUCUUUUUUUUCCUGUGGGUAGGGAGUUUAUUUAUAGAUUGAAUGGCAUUUGAACCAUAUAGACUUGUUUUCUUUUUAUACUGUAUACUACAUUCAACACUAUUAUACAAAAAUGAUCUUUUGGUUUUAGCCUUUUCACACAAUAAUCUACCUAAUUUAUUUAACCCUGUGGUAUUUAAUCCAGGAUAAUCAUGUGGGGUAUACAGACCCUUUACCAACUUAAUUGAGUCCUGGUGUGGCAGUGAAGAAGCAUUCAAUGUGGCAAAGGGGAGUUAAUAGUUUUAACUGUUUCAAUAUAAAAGUUUCAGAUGAUUAAGGCUUUGGCUUCAGUGCAUUGGGGAAUUUUAGAAAACUACUCUGAUAGAACUCUGCUGCACAUUCUGUAGCAAAUUAUGUAUUGUUUAAUUCAAGUUUUGGAACUUUUUUUCUAUUUUAUUUUUUAUUCCAAUUGCAUUGGAGGUUAGGUGUGUUAGAAGUGUGUGUUUGUUUGUUUUUUUAUUACAAAAUUCUCACUACUACUUCAGGCACGUAACACAUAAUAGCCUACCAGCUGAAGCAGGAAAUUAGAAAUAUAUUGUGUAAUGGGAGUUAGUGGUCUCAGUAAAAGCGUUGCUUUGUUAGUUCUUUCAAGAAAUGUAGUGUAGCCAUAGUUAUAUAGCACAUUUUCACACAGUAGGCAACUGUGCAUGUACACUUAUAAUGAAUUGGCAUCUAAGACCACUGGAUUGAAUGGAAAGGCAUGUAAAAACUGAAUGCGAACCGCAAACUACAGUUCAAAGGUGAAUGUCUUGCCAUUCAACUAAAGAACAAGCUCCUGUAGUCGAGAGUUAAGUAGGGGUCAUAUGCUGAUGUCAGUGUUGUUAACUCAUCAGCCGCUAUUCAUUACACCCCCCCCCCCCCCAAGCUUAAUCAGAGCUCAUCUUUGGGCAGAAACACGAGUGCAUCCAGCUAGGCUCAGGGAGGGAGUGUCAAUGUCAGACUCUUAACCUCUACCACUGGCUGUACCCCAGGAUUUGGAGCAAUUUUAGAAUCACGUGUCUCGCAAGCCAGCGUACAUGCUAUAGCUGUAAUGGAAAGAACACAGACAUUGUCUGUUUUCAUCCACAGGGAUCUGGUUCCAAGACGAACAUCUUGCCAUUCAACUAAAGAGCAGGCUCUGUAGUUGAGAGUUAAGUACAGGUCUUGUGCUCAUGUUAGUAUUAUUAACUCACCAGCCACUAGGAGGAUAUGCAUUGCACUCGGUAAGCUGAAUAUAAACAAUAACUGGACAUUAUUUAGUACAGCACCUAUUUGUAUUGCAGUUUGAACCUUUCCGGUCCAUUAACAAACUAUAAUGUGUGUGUAUUAAACAAAAAACAAUCAUUUUAAUAUUAAUAGUUUUUACAAGUUUUAAGUUUCAGCCGGGCGCAGUAUGGUCAUAAUACAUUCUAAAUAUAACAGAGUAAAAUACAUUCCAAUUGCAUAUGAAAUAAGAUCAAAUACAUUUGCACUAUAUUUGAUAUGUUUACUUGUUAUGUGGGCUUACCUGGGAGUCACAGCACUAUGUGGCUGGCACACAAAACAUGCUAUUAAAUUUCACAAAUAAAUAAUAAGAUGAAGGCAAAGGAUCUAGUGUUUCAUGUCCAUUUGGUGAUAGUGUAUUGUAUGUAGGUUUCAUUGUUUUAUAUAUUCUGUUUUUUUUUUUAAUGAUGUGGGAUUGACAGCACUUGAGUGUCUUUUUGUUGGUACAGUGCAAGCUUCUGUAGUAUAACCCUUCACAAUCACAUAGAUAUAUACUGUAUACUACACUACACACACACACACCCACUGAUCUGUCAGCGUGCCUUAACCCUGCCCCAGAGAAAGAGUGCUGUUUUCAGUUAUGAGAAGGCAGUCCAUUCUCCAUGCCAAUAAAGUUCUUAACCUGUCUGUUACAUGUCACUUAUUGUUGCAACAUAAAUAAAUAAUGAUACAGUAAUGGGCGUAGUGUGGUGGAUGAUGUAGUUUGUAUCAGAUUAUGUGUUAGAUUUGUGUCAAUUGCUACAAGCUGUACAUAGUUCUAUAUCUAGUUUUUAAAAAAUAAUAAAUGCAAAUUUUCUAUUUAA